UGUCGGGUAGUGUAAUCGAGAUUGCCACUCCAAAUGGAGCCAGGAGGCCAUCACGGCCUGUUAUCACACAAAUCCCAUAAUUCCAUUUUUGUUUUAAUUUCCGGUCUUGGACGUAAAUUUAAUUUCCAUUACAGACACAUUUCCAUAAUUUUCUGCUUGUGUGUGUUAGUGUGUGUGUGUGUGCGUGUGUGUGCUACGGGCUCAAAUCAUCCCAAUCAUAUGUGUGUGUGCAUAUGUACAUGUUCGACCUAUAGCGACUACUAACUCGGCCCACUCGAUUCGGUCAGAUCAGUGCUGCUCAAGAAUUUCGAUGAAGGCGAUACCACAUACCACGUAUCCAUGGCUGAUGCUGCUGCUGGCCGCGACUAUGCCGCUGCCACGAGCCACGGGUGGGUCCUGCCGCGAAGCUCAGCUCUGCUGCAAAGGGCGCGACUCUUCCUGCGUAGUGCAGAAGGACCCCGUCAACGCCAUCAUCGAGGAUUUAAGUGAUAAGCCUUGCUACUGCGAUCACGCCUGCUUGAAACUGGGCGACUGCUGCGACGACUUCAAGGACCACUGUGGGGUUUUGGACUGCCAAGCCAGUGAUUGGAGCUCCUGGAGCGAGUGCAACAAGAGCUGCGGCAGCGGACUGAUGACCCGCAGCCGCCAGGUUCUGCAAGUGGCCCAAAACGGGGGAAAGCACUGCCCAACGCUUUUCCAGACGCGCUCAUGCCAGGGCUUCCGCUGUCACGGACACCGCGAGAAGAAGAUACUACGUGAAAUGGCCUUGCUCCUGCCCGAUGCUCUCUCGCACAAUGUCAACAGCAGCUCCAUCCGGCGCAAUCUGCGAACAGGCUACCGGGGCACCUACCGUCAGAAUUGGGACCAUGAGUACUGCGUGGAGUUCGAGGUUAUCAAGGCGUCGAAGGCUUGCCACAAGUUGCCGCCCUACAACCUGAUGCUGGAGGGUGAGCGAAUAACUGUGCACUGCGAUCUCGAGGCCCUCAUCCAGGAUGGCGCAGGCGGCUCCAGCACUACUGCAGCCAGGUCUGCGAUCCCCACUGCUGCAUCCACGACCACUGGGCCCUACAAUGAGGAGGACGGCUCCAGUGGGGGGGAGAGCGAGGAUAACAGCAGCAACAGUAAUUACGACGACGACAAAAACAACCACGAGGAGGGGGAAAUGGAGGUGGAAAAUGCCCAGAAUUUGAUCGAUCCAGGUAGCAAUGAGAACUACGAGAGGGGGCACCCCCGCCAGGCAAAUAUCCUAUCGUACCGCGACCGUGCGUGGGGCAGUCCAAAAAAGAGCGCCAGACCGGCCACGCUGCCACCGGCGCCCACGCCGAGCUUUCACUGCCGCGGCGAGGGUCUCGCUGGCCGCACGAUGCGCUGGAGCGCAUUGCCGGCGCCGUCGUGUCGCGGAAAGUGGCUCCGCCUCACCGUCGGACCCCCCAAGAAGUGCAGCCACGCGCAGUUCAUCUUCGUCUAAUCGCUCCCCUCUAAUAUAAAUUGUAGUCUCAAUCACAACGUCAAUAUGGAGAACGUGUAUGUAGGUUAUGGUGUGUUACGGUGCUUCGGAAAAGGAAACCCAAAAGAAAAAGCAAAAGCAAAGGCAAAACCUGCCGCUAAACAGGCGCCAAGGGACACACAGUCCCCAGUCCACAGUCCCCACCAGUCGCAAACGUCUAGAUGCCUUAGCCGAUCCCAAUUAAUUUCACCACUCUCACUAUCACAGCAUUUUCAUGUAUGUACAACUUUUAACUUUAAACCCUAAGUCAGUUCAUUAAGAGGAAUAUACAUGUAGCGAGGUAUUAGUAGCGAGUAGAAUCUUUUUUUUUUGUGCCCACACCAAGUUGAGAUCGUGGAAAGUCAAAUCACGCGUUAUUUUAACGGCAUUGUAUCAGCUCUCAGUUGAUCAUUUUAAAGGACCGAAUCAGCGUACUCGAAUUGUGGAAAUAUACAUUCAUAUUGUAGUAGUUUGUAGAGAUACGACACGAUGCUCUAUCUUGUAUUGGCUGGGAAAUUGGUAGAUAGUAGACGUAAUUCAUCACAAACUAUAUAACAAGUAAAAUGGGAGAAACGAAAUGAUCUUUGGAAUGGAAUGCUAGAAGUGUCUAGAACUUUGAUUCAAUCUUCUACGAGCAUACAUAGUCGUACAUACAUAUGUACAUACAUACAUACCAACAGACAUACGCGAAUAGUGGCACCCGCAUUCGAUCCAUAUCAAGUACACACGUGCAUCAUGCAAUACAUUCGUACACACAACAACGGGCACAGACACUGACACUGACACAGACAUACAUAAAUAUGUAUAAUGGCCAAGAGAGGCGGUGAGGGUGCCUCCCCCGCCCACUACCCUUUGAAAACAUUCUGAAGUCGGAAUUAAACUUUGGACCUUAGCGGUAAAAUGGAUUUUAGGUGCAUACGGAUGUCGAAAAUAUUUCAUAGAAUUACUUAUAAUUAAAUUAAUACUGAAAUCAUUUAAUAAAGAAC